CUUCUCUUCGGACAUAUGUAUUACGUAUUUGCUGGCAUAUGUUAUAGGUUAGAUGAUUGUGUAGACGUUACGUUCUGAAGUUAGAUUAUAUUUAUUUGUUAACGAUAUAAGCAGGCCCUUUAUUUUUUUACACGAAAAUUAUGAUAUUAUUAAAAGGAAAUUCUCAAUCAAUAUAUUAUUCGAUAUAUAAAUAUGUCUUAUUUAUCAUAUUCGUUAUAAGUACUGCAUCACUUUUUAUAUAUUUAAAUAGAAUCCAACCACAUUAUUUUAUUGAUGAAAUGUUUCAUAUACCUCAAACUUUGCAGUAUUGUGAUGGAAAUUUUACAGUGUGGGAUUCUAAAAUAACAACUUUACCUGGCCUAUAUUUUCUUAGUGCUGCAAUAUUAUCUCCUGUAAAUCUUUGUAAUAUAUUGUAUAUAAGAUGUAUCAAUUUAUUUGGUACAUUCGCAAAUCUUUACCUUACUUAUUCUUUGAUGAAACAAAUACAUAAAAAUAAGUGGGAAGACUGGAUGCAGUUAGAAAUAGCAUAUAAUAUUACAAUGUUCCCUCCAUUGUUUUUCUGGUUUUUUCUAUAUUAUACGGAUGUUGUAUCUGUUAACAUCGUUUUGUUGAUGUUAUUAUUACAUUUUCGAACAUAUUACAAAAUUUCAGCUUUCGUUGGAUUAUUAAGUAUACUGAUCAGACAAACAAAUGUCAUUUGGGUUAUAUUUCUUGCCAUGGAACGUCUUGUGGAUUUAUUACAUCAACAUAUGCAAAAACCUAUAACGUCUAAUGUCAUAAAUACACCAAUUCAUUUAAAGUUAUUAUGGAAGAGUAUAAUGGACAAAGUAAAUAUUGGUAAAAUUUCAUUUAUUAAAUUCCUUAUUGAAAUAAGUAUUAAUCUUUUUCCCUACAUAAUAGUAGGUGUAAUAUUUUUAAUCUUUCUUAUUUGGAAUGGAGGUAUUGUAGUUGGAGAUCAUACUGCACAUGUACCUGUGAUUCAUAUAUCACAAUUAUUUUAUUUUUCUGUUUUUAUAUUUUCUUUCUUAUGGCCCUACAUGAUUCCACAUUAUUUAAAAUUUUUUCAAAAUAUUCAGAAUCACUGGAUCUUAUCGAGUCUCAUUUUUGCACUUAUAACAGUUAUAGUCCAUUGUAAUACUCUUGUUCAUCCAUAUGUAUUAGCAGAUAAUAGGCAUUAUACAUUUUAUAUAUGGAACAAAUUUAUGGGCAAAUAUGUUAUUUUCAGAUAUAUCUUAAUACCUGUAUAUUGUUUUACGAUUUAUAGUACACUGUAUGGUAUAAGUCAUAUAAGAUUUGCAACACAAAUUAAUUUUAUUUUCUGCACAGUUAUUGUUCUUAUACCACAAUUAUUAUUAGAACCACGAUAUUUUAUUAUCCCAUAUAUCUUUUAUCGUUUAAGUAUGAGAAAACCCAAAACUUGGCAAAUUGUAAUGGAAUCAUUUACGAAUUCAAUUAUUAAUUUUUUACAAUUUUUUAUAUUUGUUAACAAAGUAUUUUAUUGGGAAGAUCAAACUUAUCCCCAAAGAAUAUCUUGGUGAGAUAAUAAUUUCGAAAAUAUAUAGUCGAUUAAUCGUUAAUAAAGCCAUGAAUCUAUUUUGAUCAGAUUCAAAAAGCACAUA